GGUUAUCAGUCCCAGUAUACGACUACAUAUUAUACUACUGUCAACUAGUAAAUAGGUGCGGACACUGCAGUGAAAAGGCAUAAAAGAGGAAAACACAAGGUGAAUCAGUUGGGUCCAGUCCUUCACCAUCAUUCUACCCGGAAAGUGACAGAUUCCCGGAGACAUACCCAGCAAAGUCAGUCGCCGUCUACACCGUGUGUCCCCAACGAGCAGACAGAGGAAGUGACCAAUCCAUAGACGGUUCUCAGAUAGGGUUCUGUCAAUCUGGCGGAAUAUUCCUUCUGAGGUCCGGAGGCAACGGUUUCAUAUGUGCUGAGUACACUGCAUCUUCUUCUCCUGCUUCUAGCCAGCUCUCUGCUCCAUCGGAGACUGAAACAGUGGAGGGUUAGAACACAUCAAGUCAGCAUUUAGUUCUGUAUCGGGUGGUUAAGACCUCUGUUCGGAUGGCAACUUUGCUGGAAGGUUCACGCGUGCCAUCGCCAUGCCCAUCCGAACCCGCGGCUCUGACGUUGCAGUUACCAAGCAGCGAGUGCAGUGAUGAAGACACCCAUUCACUGGGUGAGAGUGGCUACGACUCGUCCAGUCCCACCACCAUGGAACCGAGCAUCACUGCCCAUGCGGAACAAGAAGGAGGAAAUCGAGGAGACAGCGAAAAUGGGAUGCAAGUUUCAGAUGGCUCUCCGAGCCCACAGCAGCACAUCCGAAAAGAAUCCAUGGUAACACAGCGCCGUCGUUGCCAUGGAAGGAAGAAAAAGAGCAUUGUGGAAAAAUGUGCCCCGGUGGGUUCAUCCGAAGCCAAAGAACGUCGCAAUAGCCGUGAGAAAGAACGCAUCGGCAAGGUGAAUGCAGCAAUAGACAGCCUACAGGGAUGCGUCUGGCAUGAAACAGUGCCAAGCCGCCACCAUCGCCGGCCUCGAGUCUACGUCCUCCGGCAGGCCACUCGUUAUCUUCGUCUUCUCUCUAGCGCAGUAGAGGAUGAUGAGCUCCCUAUCGGGCUGCUAACACAACUGCACGAUCAUGCUGCUGCUGAGAGAGGCAGUGUGGCACUGCAGAACAUGGAUGGGGCGAAGAGACUUCGUGAGAUACUGUCGGCAGGAAGGUGCCAGGGACUAUCACCAAGUAUGCCAGAUACGACGGCCACCAGCAACAGCACCAGCAUCAUCACCAGCACCAGCAUCAGCACCAGCACCAGCACCUGCACACAGAGCAGAACCCAGAGCGUUCAGAGUCUACAUGUAUGUCGCAGCCCUUCCGCGCCCAAAUCAGAUAGCAGCCAUGCUACCAGGAGUACUGUGCCAUGGCAAUUCGACCACGUGCUGCCCAACACGACAGACAAAAUGGCUGCUCUGUAUGAUCCAAGUCAAGCCAGACCUGAUCUGGACCGCAUUUCUCCAGAAUCUGAUACUACCUUCAAGCCAGCCAAUCUGAGUUUGUCACGUGAUGCCGGAGAGGCUGAAGCAUGGAGCAGUUCCCAGUUUGAUUUAUCCGCACUGGAUCGCAUCUGGAGCUUUCCACCUAGUUUUUCAUAACACGAUCGUGACGUACAAUUGGAUUACCGGUAGUAGAUAUAGUGAGAGAAAUUCUUAUACCACUGAGCUACAUAAUUUUAUAAUACGAGCAUGUUUACAAAUGAUUUCGAAGCGCAGUUGACGAUACAAUCAUCUAGUUUUACAUGUACAUUUACAUUGUGUGCAUGUAUAUACACAAGUUGUGUCACUGUCUCUAGCUAGGUGAAGAUCUUGAGCAGUAAUCUAGAGCUUGUCUGAACGCAGCCCGUACCGGAUUGUGUUCCGAUGUCGAAUCUCUUUUUGAGCCAUUAAUAGAAGCAUUAUUAUCGAGGUACAUGUACUCACGACACGAAUAAUCUGACCUAAGGAUGAGUAGAACCUCCUAUUCAUUACUCCCUUCCUCUCUCUCCUCUCAUGAUGUGUACAGCUGCAUCUGUCGUUGGAUUAUUCCGUGUAGUGGACGUCGUGAGUUCCAUGGGGAACGAGGACGAACAUAUACCGGUACAAUGUCAUGUACUUUCUUUUGUGUACGCUGCACAGAGUACGAGGUGAAUAGCAAUUUCUGGACAUGAAAAUAAAAUAGAGGCCCACUGGCUGUGUGUUUUACAUUUUCAUAUCUUUUUGUAUCUAUUGUAUGGCCUAAUCCUUCAUCUUUCCAAAUAUGUGACAAUUGCUCAUGCUGUGAUCCCAGAGACUUUAUAGCAAGAUGUUUUCGACAGGCCAAUUUUUGGCCUAAAUUUCAGUGUUUCGAAUUCUGGACAUGAAAAUAAAAUAGCGUCAAUAGGCAUCCUAUACUGCACCAUUUUUGUUAUUUUUUCUAUUGGUGGACUGCAGUUGGCCUCUUCACACUUCCAGCUAACAGGUCCAAGACUAUACAGCGUCUGAAGUGAGGUGCACAUGGGGAAGCCAACAAUUCGUCCAUUACUUCUUAUUUUACUCAAAAUUCAA